UCUGCACUGUAUUUUUACGUUUCCACACUACUGUUCCACAGGCAGGUGCAAUGAGGUUAAGCCACAUCAUGCCUAAGCCGACUUACUUUCUCAGACUCCAUGAAGUUCCCUUAUUCUUCAUUAUCUACAUACUACUGGUACUGAACACCAGCAACAAUCAGGGACAGCAACUGCAUGCUUGCAAAGAGUCGGAGUAUCAUUAUGAGUACACAGAGUGUGACAGCACAGGCUCAAGAUGGCGUGUAGCAGUACCCCAUGCACCAGGACUCUGCACAGGGCUACCAGACCCUAUCAAAGGGACAGAAUGCUCUUUCUCCUGCUCUGCAGGAGAGUUCCUUGACAUGGCCUUGCAGAAAUGCACCACUUGUGCAGAGGGAACUUACUCUUUAGGGACUGGCGUGCGGUUUGAUGAGUGGGCAGAACUUCCUCACGGCUUCAUUGGCAUUUCCAGCAAUCAAUAUGGGGAAGAGAAUGGAAUCAUGGGAAAUUGUAGUUUGUCAAAUUGGCAGCCUCGUGGUGAAUAUGUUGCGUCAAACACAGAUGAAUGUUCAGCCACCCUAAUGUAUUCAAUCAACUUGAAGCAAGAGGGUCUUGUCACCUUUGAGUACUUGUACCCAGACUCUAACAUCGGUUUUGAGUUCUUUGUUCACAAUGAUCAGUGCCAACCAACAGAAGAGGAAUCGAAAUUGAUGAAAACUACAGAAAAUGGCUGGGACUAUCACCAGGUGAGACUUACUCAAGGUAAUAACGUCCUGUCCUGGAGAACAGCGGCUUUCUACCUAGGUGAUAUCAUGCCUAAACCUGUGCUGUUGCGGAAUAUUCUAAUUACAGGUGCUGCAUAUACUUCAGAAUGCUUUCCUUGUAAACCUGGCACAUUCACCUCAACUAAAGGGACCACAUCAUGCAAUAUAUGCCCUAAAAAUACUUUCUCCAACCGAGGUGCAACUGCUUGCACUACCUGUGACUCUGAUAAGUAUUCAGAUCCUGGAUCUGCAUCUUGUAAGCAUCGGCCUCCCUGCACAGACAAGGAUUAUUUCUACACUCAUACAUCUUGUGAUGCUAAUGGAGAGACACAAAGGAUGUACAAAUGGAUUGAGCCAAAGAUAUGCAGCAACACUGCAGAGGGUGCUGCUCCAUUGCCCCCAUCAGGUGUGAAAACAAAAUGCCCACCCUGCAAUCCUGGCUUUUACCUUACAAAUUCCAGUUCAUGUGAACCAUGCCCCAAUAAUACUUCCUCAAAUGGCACCCUCUGCAAGAAGUGCCCAGUAGGCACAGAGGCUGUUCUGGGCUUUGAGUACAAGUGGUGGUACUCUCUUCCAACAAACAUGCGGAGCUCAGUCAUGAGUGGAUUCAGCUUUGAGUAUCAGGAUGUUUCAGGAUGGGAAGUAGAUGGAGAUUAUAUAUAUACUUCUGCUGGAGCCUCUGAUAGUGACUAUAUGCUUCUAAGCCUGACUAUACCCAAAUUCAGAGCUCCAAAAGUAGCAUCGGAAGAUUCUGGUAGUAAAGAGGUUUCCACCAUUACAUUUGUCUUUGAGAUGGAAUGUUCUACGAACUGCCAGCUUUUAUUCAUGAUUUCUGUGAAUUCCGAGUUAAGUUCGGUUAUUGAAAGCUGGAAAGGCACAAAAGAAAAGCAGGCCUACACUUACAGUAUAGAAAGAAAUACCAAUACCACCUUCACAUGGGCAUUCCAGAGAACCACUGAGCAAGAUAUGGGUCGAAAGUUCACAGCUGAUGUUGCCAAAAUAUAUUCUAUCAAUAUUACUAAUACAGAGGUUGGUGUUGCGUCUUGGUGCCAACCCUGUGCCUUGGGUGUGGAUUCCCUCUGUAUUUCCUGCCCUCCUGGGCACUAUAUUGACAAGAAGACCAGAAGCUGCACCAUGUGCCCACAGAACACAUAUCUUCAAACACAUGGAAUGGAAACCUGUGUAGCAUGUGGGCUAGGAACCCAGAGCAAUGAUGCUCGUUCCCUAUGUUUUAGUGAUUGCCAAUUGUCGGUACCUGUGGGAGGUAGUGAGUUACAAUAUGAUUUUUCUUCACUCAAAAAUGUAACAUCAUUUUCUGGGCCUCCAAGUUUCACCAGCAAGGGUCUGAGAUAUUAUCACUACUUCAGCAUCAGCCUUUGUGGAAACCAGGGCAAAAAGCUGGCAUCAUGUGUGAACAAUAUGACAGAUGCGCGUGGAACAGAGGGGGAAUCAUGGCGUUCUUUCACUUCCUACAUUUGCCAGUCCAUUGUUGUUCCAUCCGACACAAUCAGACAAAAAGCACUUUUGUCAUCCCAGCCAAUCAGUAUAGCGGACUACCUUAUAGGUGUGACAACAAACAGUACUUUAGGCGAUAUCUCCUCUCCUCUAGAUCUAUUUCCAGGAGAGAAUCCAGGGAUACUGGAUAUAAUAUUUUAUUACAGAUCCAAAGAAACCACUCAGUCCUGUAGCUCUGGUCGUGCUGCCACUGUUCGUCUGCGCUGUGACCCCCUUUCGAGAGGUGCAGGUGCUUUGUCUGUUUCAAGUAAAUGCCCAGAGGGAACUUGUGAUGGCUGUACCUUUCACUUCUUAUGGAAAACAGAAGAGGCAUGCCCACUCUGCACUACCCAGGACUACCACAUCAUAACCAGUGCUUGCUAUCAUGGCAUUCAGACGACAACUGCAGUGUGGAAAACUCCACACUUGUGUAAAGGAGGUGUAGAAUUGCCAGGUCAGACUGUUACCAUCUGUAAAACUGCAGACUUUUGGCUGAAGGUGGGAGUUUCCAGUGGCAUUUGUGCUGCCCUUUUGCUCACAGCUCUUGCUGGCUACUUUUGGAGGAAAAAUCGAAAUUUGGAGUACAAAUAUUCACGCCUAAUGAUGAAUGCUCCACUUAAAGAUGGUGAAGAUUUACCAGCAGCUGAUAGUUGUGCUAUCAUGGAAGGAGAGGAUGCAGAAGAUGACAUGAUAUUCCAAAACCAGCGAUCCCUGAUACGAAAGAUCAUGUCAAUUUCUAAGAAGAGAUCAUCCGAUGGAUUUGACUCAGUACCUCUGAAAUCAUCAGGAGGUGUGGAUAUGGACAUGUAACUAACACUAACUUAUACAAUUGAUCCUCACAUAAUUAAUUGACAGCUAGUAUAUUCCUAAUUUGCGUCUAAGUGACUCCUGGAAAUUUUGGUAAUUUCUUUUGGAACUUCAUCUGUACCUACCAUAUUGCCAAACUCAAGAACUGCCAUAAUACUCCAUCACCAAGCCCAUAUCACAGAUAGUUACAUCCUAUUGCCAUAUAUCACUUACCAUGCACAACCUGACAUGCUUACCAUUAAAAUGCACUGUGUUUUUAUAACUCUACAUGUGGGUAAAUAUGUAGACCAGGGGCGGAUCCAGACUCUCUCCGUCUCAAUAGAGGCGCUGCAUCAGCUUAUUUUGUUACAAUACAGCAGAUACAAAACAAAACUAUGUUGUUCAUAGAACUAGAUUAUUCACUGUAUUUUAAUGACAAUAGGUUUAGUUAGAACAGGACAAUGUACAUCAGAAAGAUGUAUUUUUAUUAACCUUCAUGUGCUUGUUGAUUACAUUUCCCACAAUAAAGUGCUGAUUAAACAUUAUGGAAAAUGUAGUUCACAAGUAUCUAAAUACAAACAACUAGAAAAAUAACAAUGAUUUAUGCACUAAUAAUCAGUUUGAAGUGAAUUGAAAACCAAAGCAAAACAAAGUACUGCUUAGUGAAAUUCUCCAUCUCUCCAAUAGUCAAAACUUUAUUUUAUUGUUAUUACAGCCUACAUUUUGUGAUUUAGUUUUAAGUGUAAAACAAUUCAGUGUUUAGUGAAUAAACCACACAGUGUCUGUACAGGUGUGUACUUUUGUAUAUAUUGUGUCAGUGUAGAAACAUAUGUAUACUGCCAUUGUCAUAGUAUUUGUGUCUUUGUGAGUAUAUUAUGCUGCCAUUUGUGUGAUUAUGGAUGUCAUUUCCCACAUAACUCCAAUUAAGUUUAUGUUUCCUCAACACCAUCCACAUCAUUAUAUAGGAUCCCAUUAGGCCUCAUACACAGAUUAUUAUGUACAGAACCCUGAGCCACAAGUCAUUAUAUAGAAGGUCCAACUCAAAUCUCUGUUAACUAUACUGUAUCCUGAUGCCAUAUUUCAUGUAUAUUAUAUCUCCUCCCCCCCUAGCCACAUGUCACUAUAUAGUAGCCCUCUUCCAGUUACAGUGCAUUAUGAAGUAACCCUCCCUAACCACAUUAACCAUAUAUAAUAACCAUCCCUCGUCAGGUCAGCUACAAUUAGCUAUUAAAUAUUACCUACCACAGACCUUAAUUCAUUAUACAGAAGCUCCCCGGCUAUAAGUCAUUCGGUAUCUUGUACACCAGAUUCCAAAUAAAGUUGAUCUGUCUUUAGGGUAUGGCCCCCAACCUCCCUAUAGCCCCUUACCCUCCCACAAACAUUUCAGGCCCUGGGACCAGGUCAGCUUACCUUUUCCAUCGUGCAGUUUUCUUUUUAUGGCACUGCCAUAAGAUAGUGGUGCUGGUCCUCAUGCAUAAUGUGAUGACGUCCAGCGUUGUUUAGACGACCAGAAGUCAUCUAAGAACCCGGAAGUCUCUCUAGUGGCUGUAUGGUAGACAGCGACUAGAGGAGGAGGUAACCCUAGUAGGUAAUUAUUGCAGUUUAUAAAAGCUGCAAUAAUUACCACUCUAGGGUUAAGGGUGAUGGUAGUUAGCGCCCAGACCACUUCAAUAAGCUGAAGUGGUCUGGGUGCCUACAGUGUCCCUUUAAAUUGGCUGGUGAGGAGAGAUAAG